AAAUGUGUAACAGCAGCUCCGUCACUGAGUUCCUCCUCAUGGCAUUUGCAGAUAUGCGGGAGCUUCAGCUCCUGCACUUUGGGCUCUUCCUGGGCAUCUACCUGGCUGCCCUCCUGGGCAAUGGCCUCAUCCUCACCGCCGUAGCCUGCGACCACCGCCUCCACACCCCCAUGUACUUCUUCCUUCUCAACCUCGCCCUCCUCGACCUGGGCUCCAUCUCGACUUCUGUCCCCAAAGCCAUGGCCAAUUUCCUCUGGGACAACAGGGCCAUUUCCUACCCAGGAUGUGCUGCACAGGUCUUUUUGCUAGUCUUUUUGAUUUCAGCAGAAUUAUCUCUUCUCACUGUCAUGGCCUAUGACCGCUACAUUGCCAUCUGCCAGCCCCUGCACUACGGGACCCUCCUGGGCAGCAGAACCUGUGCCACCAUGGCAGCAGCUGCCUGGAGCAGUGGCUUACUACACGCUGUGCUGCAUACUGCCAAUACAUUUUCACUCCCUCUCUGCAAUGGCAAUACCCUGGACCAGUUCUUCUGUGAAAUCCCCCAGAUCCUCAAACUCUCCUGCUCAGACUCCUACCUAAGGGAAGUUCAAGUUCUUGUGGUUACUGCUUUUCUAUUUGGGGGUUGUUUUGUUUUCAUUGCUCUGUCCUAUGUGCAGAUCUUCAGGGCUGUGCUGAGGAUGCCCUCGCAGCAGGGACGACACAAAGCCUUUUCCACAUGCCUCCCUCACCUGGCUGUGGUCUCCCUCUUUAUGAGCACCAUCAUGUUUGCCCAGCUGAAGCCCCCCUCCAUCUCCUCCCCAUCCCUGGACCUGGUGCUGGCUGUCCUGUACGCAGUUGUGCCUCCAGCAGUGAACCCUCUCAUCUACAGCAUGAGGAACAAGGAGCUCAAGAAUGCCAUAUGGAAACUGAUGGCCAGGUGUUUUUCAUAA